AUGCGUUUCACCGCUCUCCUCACGGGCGUACUAGCCAGCGUAGCCUCAUUCUCUUCCGCGCAACGCAUCCCCGCCCGCCGAACCUGCGGCUCCGAGCUCACCGACGCCCAAGUCGCCCAAGCCGAGCAAAUCUUCGCCCAAACCGCGAACGCGACCAUCCAAACCGACGUCGGCAUCCUCGCCUACACUCCCCGUGUCAUCAACGUCUACUGGCACAUAAUCAGGUCCGGAACCGCUGUCUCGCAGGGCAACAUUCCGUACGUCCUUUCCUCGCUUCCCAUCGCACCUGCGCACAAGGGACUAAGUAUUUCUCGUUCACACUGUGCUAUUACUCGUACCGUGACCAUGCAUCUCAUAAUCAGCGCAUCGCAAAUCACCAAUCAAAUCAACGUCCUCAACAGCGCCUUCGCUAGCAGCGAUCUCUCAUUCACCCUCGCCGGAACAACCGUCACAACCAACUCCAACUGGUUCAACAACGUAGCCCCUGGAACCGCCCAACAGACCGCAAUGAAGACCGCGCUCCGAGUCGGGGGCGCUAAUACGCUCAACAUCUACUCAGUCGGGUUCACUAACUCUGGUUUAUUGGGAUAUGCUACCUUCCCAUGGAACUACGCUUCGAACCCAACCGACGACGGCGUCGUAAUCCUCUUCUCAUCCGUCCCAGGCGGCACCGCUUCUCCCUACAACCUAGGGCAGACCGCAACUCACGAAGUCGGACACUGGACCGGCCUCUACCACACCUUCCAAGGCGGCUGCAGUGGAUCCGGAGACCUCGUAGCCGACACCCCUCCCGAGUCCUCCCCCGCCUACGGAUGCCCCACAGGCCGCGACACCUGCCCCGGUGGCGGCGUUGAUCCUAUCCACAACUUCAUGGACUACACCAACGACGCGUGCAUGACCCACUUCACCGCCGGCCAAACUACCCGUCUUCGUACCCAGAUCGCUACCUUCCGCGGAAUCGCACUUUGA